AUGGGCGUUCCCACCAUCACGGCCACCCGCAUCCUGAAGGGGCACAUGCAGAAUCCGCCGUCUCCCGAAUCACCGCUAAGUAUGGACUCUUUUCCGUACGUGGCGCUUUCCAAGACCUACAACGUGGACCGGCAAGUGCCCGACAGCGCAGGAACGGCCACUGCCUACCUCUGUGGGGUGAAGGGCAACUACGGCACCAUUGGACUGAGUGCCGCUGCCCGGUACAAUCAGUGCAACACGACAGCCGGCAAUGAAGUCGUAUCGGUCCUGAAGCGGGCUCAGCUGGCUGGAAAGUCCGUGGGGAUUGUGACCACCACACGAGUCCAGCACGCCUCCCCAGCGGGGAAUUACGCCCACGUGGUGAACCGGAACUGGUAUAGCGACGCCAGCCUGCCCCAGUCGGCACUGGCGGGGGGCUGCAAGGACAUCGCCCUGCAACUCCUCGAAAACGUGGACCUCACGGUGGUCCUGGGUGGGGGCAGGAAAUACAUGACCCCUCAAGGCACGCCAGACCCCGAGUACCCCACCCAAAACUCAACCAGAGGGGUUCGUAAAGAUAACAGAAACCUGAUUGAGGAAUGGCUCCAAGCUUCACCGCCCAUCUUCAGUUGGCCUCUGGAUGCCACCGGCACGAAGUAG